GGUUCAUUGCGUUUCAGCGUUCGCACGCCCCCUCCUAUUUAACCCGCCCUUACAUCUUCCCCGCUCAGAACACGAGUCCUCUUCCACUCCGCCCUCACUCCUCAUUCCUCAGCGGCUCAGCCAGCCAGAUCCAGAUCCCGCGGCGAGGGGUAGAAGAGGCUGCCGGUGUCGGAUUGGUCAGGACUUCAGGAGUUACUUGGAUAGUUUAAGAAAGAUGGUGAAGAUAUGCUGCCUCGGUGCUGGAUAUGUUGGCGGCCCAACCAUGGCCGUCAUUGCACUGAAAUGCCCUGCUAUUGAAGUUUGUGUUGUCGACAUUUCUGUUCCACGCAUUGCAGCAUGGAACAGCGAUCAGCUCCCUAUUUAUGAACCGGGCCUUGAUGAAGUGGUCAAGCAGUGCCGUGGUAGGAACCUCUUCUUCAGCAAUGACAUUGAGAAGCAUGUUGCUGAGGCUGAUAUCAUCUUUGUCUCUGUGAACACACCAACCAAGACCCGUGGUCUUGGGGCUGGCAAAGCUGCGGAUUUAACCUACUGGGAGAGUGCAGCCCGCAUGAUCGCAGAUGUGGCCAAGUCUGACAAGAUUGUGGUUGAGAAGUCCACUGUCCCUGUCAAGACUGCUGAAGCCAUUGAGAAGAUCUUGACACACAAUAGCAAGGGAAUCAACUUCCAGAUCCUCUCAAAUCCUGAGUUCCUUGCAGAGGGCACAGCAAUUGAGGACCUUUUCAAGCCUGACCGUGUGCUCAUCGGUGGUCGGGAGACUCCAGAAGGCCAGAAGGCUGUUAAGGCCUUGAAGGAUGUAUAUGCCAAUUGGGUCCCCGAGGACCGUAUUCUCACAACCAACCUAUGGUCAGCUGAGCUGUCUAAGCUUGCUGCAAAUGCCUUCUUGGCUCAAAGGAUCUCAUCAGUUAACGCAAUCUCAGCUCUGUGUGAGGCCACUGGUGCCAAUGUCACAGAGGUGGCCUACGCUGUCGGCAAGGAUUCAAGGAUUGGACCCAAAUUCUUGAAUGCUAGUGUUGGUUUCGGAGGUUCCUGCUUCCAGAAGGACAUCCUCAACCUUGUGUACAUCUGUGAGUGCAAUGGACUGCCUGAGGUCGCCAACUACUGGAAGCAGGUUAUCAAGAUCAAUGAUUACCAGAAGAGCAGAUUUGUGAACCGUGUGGUGUCUUCCAUGUUCAACACUGUCUCUGGAAAGAAGAUUGCAGUGCUCGGCUUUGCCUUCAAGAAGGACACCGGUGACACGAGGGAGACUGCUGCCAUUGAUGUUUGCAAGGGACUCCUUGGAGACAAGGCCAAGAUUAGCAUCUAUGAUCCGCAGGUGACCGAGGACCAGAUCCAGCGUGAUCUCACGAUGAACAAGUUUGACUGGGAUCACCCGAUCCACCUGCAGCCAAUGAGCCCAACCACUGUGAAGCAGGUCUCUGUGACCUGGGAUGCCUAUGAAGCCACCAAGGGGGCACAUGGUAUCUGCAUCCUGACUGAGUGGGAUGAGUUCAAGACACUCGACUACAAGAAGAUCUAUGAUAGCAUGCAGAAGCCUGCGUUCUUGUUCGACGGUCGCAACGUAAUUGAUGCUGAGAAGAUGCGGGAGAUCGGUUUCAUUGUUUACUCCAUUGGAAAGCCCCUUGACCCUUGGCUCAAGGACAUGCCUGCCGUGGCUUAAAUGGUAGAAAUCUAGCAAAAUGUUGCUGGUUGUUAGAGGACUCUACAGUCUGCAUCCACAUUCCCUGCCCUUCCAUCUUCUAUAGCGGGUCAUAUAGGUCACGGUGAACAGACGUAGUUUGCCCUGCGUGUUUUGAUUGUAAUGUACUCUAUAUGUAUUGUCUUUUGUUACCUGAUUACAGAAAAAUGAAUAAUAGCAAAAGUUAUCAGAUGA